AUGCCGAUACUGCCAAUGGAAACCACCUCGGUGCAAAUCGCAACAUCAUCGGCCACAACAACAAUUUGCAUGGAAGCAGCAAUCGCAACUCAAAUUCUGGGCUGCAUAACCGCAACAACCACGAGCGAGAGCCAGUACCCGUGGAUAAUGAGCAAAAUUCUGCAUCAACAAAUGGCUCGACAACAGCAAAUCUAUUACUACAAAUACAGCUCAAAAAUUAUGUUGACCAAGGACUUCAACUUCCUGGUGGUCAAACCUGUGUAUGUCCAAGUGGAUUCUCAUGCAGUUACCUCAGCAACACCACUCCAAGAUGUUCCAUGUCAUUCACAUUAG